CAAUGACAUCGGGCUUUGGUCAAGGCCCGCGGAGUUUAAUUUCGUCCGGGGACGCGGAAGUAGCGAUCAGGUCUAAGCCGCAGGUUGAGUGUCGCACUGGAGGAGGGCCGAGUCUUCAUCCCGGAUACCCCGGCUGGGUGAGGGGCUUCGGAGGAAGGUAUCAAGAAACAAUGUUUCUUUGAAUUUGCUUAUGUAUUUGCCUCAUCAAUGUCAUUCAUAUUGAGUAUCUUAAGAGAAAUGCUGGAAUAUUUUGGUGUUCCCAUCAACCAGGUUUUACACAUUUGGGAAAAUAAAGACUAUGGAUCAGCUCGGAGUAUUGUUCGAAUCAUUGGGAAACUUCUUCCUUUAGAACCUUGUCCCAGGCCUAAUUUUGAGCUGGUUCCGCUCUUGAACUCUGUGGACCCGGCUAACUGUGGCUCUGUAGUUCCGUCUUUUGCUGACGUUUGGUGUGUGGCAAAUGAUGAAGAAGCCAGUUAUCUCAGAUUUCGUACAUGGAAAAAUGAAGAAGAGGAGAAAAUUGCAUCUUUUCAUCCUUUGCAACUAGUUGAAGGUCCAUUGACACCUGCUGUAAGGCAUAACAAACCAAGAAAAAAUGAUUGGCCUGAAAGUGAAACUGCAAUUAAAAAGAUAGCUGCCCUUGAAGAUGAACUAGCUUUUCUUCGCUCUCAGAUUGCUGCAAUUGUGGGACGGCAAGAACUGGGAAACAGUACAAAACCUGGUUUCCUGGACUUGAAUGACAGGCCUAGUGGUUUUGGACAAAAGCCAUCAUCAUCAGGGGCUACUCAACUCAAUGUCAAACAAGAUUUGUUUUCAAGUUCAGUGCAUCCCUCUUCUCCUCCUCCACCACCGCCUCCUCAGAUUUCUUCUGUACAGCCUCCAUGUUCUCCUCUCAUGAAAAUAGUAUCUAAUAAUAUUUGUGCAUCAGAUAAUUCAACAACUGAAGUGAAACAACAGCACCCAGAUGCUGGGAAGACCAAUUAUAGUCAUCACUCAAAAAACCAGAAAAAUGAAGCUGUUCCAAACAUGUUGGAUGUUCUAAAGGAUAUGAAUAAGGUUAAACUACGUGCUGUUGAAAGGUCCCCUGGAGGCAGACCCAUUCAUAAAAGGAAAAGAGAAGACUCACCUUGGGAUCCAGUGUCUCUAAUAUCCCAUGCACUUAAGCAGAAAUUUGCAUUCCAAGAAGAAGAUUCCUUUGAGAAAGAAGAUAAUUGUUGGGAGUCUUCUCCAUUUUCUAGUCCAGAAACUUCAAGGGUGCGCUUAUAAUUUUGGACACCGUAUCUUAAGUCAGAAGUAUGUUGAACUAAAAGAAGAACCAACAAACCCAGCAGGUGUAGACCAAGUCAUGAGCAACAGGGGCUGUGUCUACACCUAGAAGGCAGGACUACAGAAGUAUACCUACAUGCCUCUCCCUGCAUGUGAAAGGAUCACAUCUCCUGUUAAUGAAUUUAAAUGUAGUCCAUAUGCUGGGGUAUGUUAGUGCAGAGGUCUGAAGGAUCUUGACCUUUGUCUGGUUUUAUAAGAUCCAAGAGUUAACGGGCUACUGACGAUAGUCAGGUGUAUGGAUCUUUUUCAUUUUUUCCCCACAUAUGUUAAGUUUAUUAAAGCUGAAUAAAUACUUUGAAUGAUUUUCCUAAGAGCUAAAUAGUAAACGAUUUAAUGUUUCUCAUUUGAGAAUGGUAAGAUCUCAUUAUAAGGUAACGGAAACCAUUUAGUGGAUUAAGAAAGUAGUGUAAAUUAAGUCUGUAUUGUACUGCACAGCCGAUGAUAGUACAUUUGAGUUUUUAAAAAAGAUUUCUUAAAUCAGUUAUGACUUGCUUAUUUAAGCGUCUUUGGCUCUUUUAAAGAUUGGUAGUGAUAUGGUUUACUUGGCCUCCAGCAACUUGGAGAUUUUCAAAAAAUAUAAAAUUAUAAUUUUUUCACUAAGAGAGUCAUACUUUGAAUCAUAGAUUGAACCCCCUAAAAAACUUGAGGUGAUAAAGAAUUAUUCUUAGAAGCUGAUUUUGACUGUUAAAUGCUCGAUUGUAGAAGUAUUUAAAGAAUCUCUUGAUAAGUUUUGCCCUCACUUGCUAUGUAAAUAUGUACACCUGUCAUUUUAUUUCCUUUGUUCUUUAUUAUGCUCUGUUCCUUUGUAAAUAAACACACCUUUUUGAACUUG